GAAACCUUGCCGAAGCUCCUCCCUAGGAUGUAUCCAAUGCCCUUUCCGUCACCAUCAUGUCGGCGGUCUUCGUGGUGACGUUCUUCGUACCGAUGGGUUGGAAAAAUCAGCUUGGCCACAUCCCCCAGAAGCAGGGCUCGUAGCAAGACCAUGGCGCGGCAGGUCGGCUGUGCGAGAUCACGGGAGAGACCACUCCCGCUUGCCGCUUGCCGCGGGGGUAACAAUGGCGACUCCUGUGGACCUCCAGGCACUACCGCCGCCUACGCUGCCGGUGCUGGUGCCGCCGCUUUCCGCCCGCUUCCCCGCGAGCAAGCUCUCGCGGACAAGCACCCGCUGGCCGUGCCUCGAGUGAAGCAACGCCCUCGGCGAACAUCAACGACGUCGUCAACAACCACAGCAGCAGCCAACACGGCGGCGACUGUACGACGACGGGCGUCGGCGGCUACCAGAAGCUCUUCGGCGCCGGUGCCGACAGCAGCAGCAGCAACAAUCGCUGGUAACGGCAAGUUCGCCACUGUCUUGGGCGACUCCAAGGCCGGCAACAUCGGCGGGACAGACAGCAGCGGCGGCGGCGGCAGCAAGAACAAGGACCCGCUGUUGGAGCUAUGGAUGACGCCGCCGCCGCCGCCGCCGUCAGCUCCCGAGUCGAUCCCCGGCGAGGGCGAGGGCGAGGGCGGGGUGGCUGGCAGCACCACGGCGCACGCGCCGGAGACCCAGCUGGCGGAUGUGAAGGUGGCCGUCGCCGGCCUCUCCGACGACCCUCUGUCGAUGAUGAUGCAAGAGAGGGCGAUGGCGAGAAACAUGUCAAGACACGGGGGCAGCGUGCCCGACAACGAUAUGUUGGACGAUGCCAUCAUGACGCCAGGGUCUCCGGGAUCUGCCGGCACGGCGAGCGUCGUUCUGGGGAACGGCGGCGGCGGCAGCAGCUUGCUCGAGAACUUGGAGCGGGGGUCGUCGCGGUUGUCGGAAUCCGGAGGAGCGGCGGCGACGGGCGGGGCGGCUCGAGGAGGCGUCCCGUCGGAUGGGGCGGCAGGAAAAGAGGGAGAAGGGAGCUGGGGGAAAGCUUGGGAGGCCCACCGUCGCAGCAUGCUGCGAGAGUUUGGUGUGGAUGGCGGGGACAGCGGCGUGGCCAAGGCCGGCGGCCAGACGGCCAGAGCAUCACCCUUGCCGACGUCCUUCGCAUCACGGCUGGAGGAGCUAGAGGGGCCGACGACGGGAGGCGGGGAAAGCGGUUCUGGCGGCGGCGGCGGCAAGAGCGGUGGUGACGGGGGCCGAGGGAAGAAGGCCGGCAAAGGCACGGCCGGGGGUCUGCUCGUCACCCCCGAGGAGUACGUGGCGCACGUAAGCGGGCUCAAGGAGGACUUGGAGGUGGCCUGGUCUAGGGAAGAGAAGGUCGCGGCUCUCAAGGUUACUGUCAAGGUAUGA